UACACAGCACGUGAAUAUAUGGAACAAGUAUCAUUAUAGGUAGUGUGCAAAUAGUUACAUGUAUAAGAGCUUAGACAAGUUUGAAUAUGGCUUCUCCAAUACAAGAGUCACUAUCCAAUUUGGACCAAACAGAUUACAAUGACAUUAUGAUCAUAGGACACACUGGCCAAGGCAAAAGCACGACUAGUGACAAGCUGUUGAUUGCAAAUCGAGAACGUGUCCAAUAUACAACAGAUGUAAACUUUAAAACCGAUGAAGUUAAAAAACAGCUUCAGUGUGGAGACAUGACCAUAUGGAUGACAAAACCUAGUGACUUUGUGCAGGAAAAGACUCGAUUGAAAAGCCUUGUGGCUGCCAGAGCAAAUCAAAAUCCUCACACUAAGAUCCAAGAAAUUCGAGAGUUGUUAUACGAAAACGAUGAUAAUCCAGGAACGAAGCAUUGUGAAGUGUUUUCAAAUGAAGUCUCUAAGGUACGAGUCCUUGAUGUACCAGGAUUCUUUGAUGAAGACUGCAUAACUGGUGGUCCGGACACCACAGUGGAAAGCGCCCAAUCAAAUGCGGUAGCUGACAAUCUAGGCAUAAUGAGGAAAAUCAUUCAGAUCCGAAUGGUCAUGAACAUGAAGUUCAAGCGUAUACUCUACUUUCUGCCAGUGCGAGGACCUUUGCAGCGAGCGAGUGGUGUACUUCAAUUGGAGCUGAGGGUGCUGACACACUAUUUUGGGUUGUCGAUCAUAAAAAAGAUUGUGUUUGUGGCAACAAAUACAGAAAUAGCGAGCAACAUGCCUGAAGAAGAGGCUUUUCCGAAAAAAGCACGAGAUAAAACAACGAAAUUCAUUUGUAAGAGCCUCAACAAAAUGUUUCCAGAGGAACUAUUUCAAUCUAUUCCUCUCAUUUACAUCUCCCCCAGUGAGACGUGCGAGUCGAUUCUUGACAAGGUGGAUCUAGCUGAUGUCGACCCUGAAGAGAUACAGCUUGAAUUACGUCCGGACACAUGCAGUUUGUGUGCAAAGCGAGUAGGCAUAAUCAAAAGUGAGAAAGUGGUAUACUAUCUGGAUAGAGAAAACGAGAUUCCAUAUGAUGAGUCCCAAUGCCAUCCCAAGCUCAUUCCUGAUAAUCGCCUGAAGCACAAAGUGGCCAAUUUCUUUAUUCAACUGUUCACACUUGGCCAUCGCUCUCUUAAAGAUUUCUAUCUCUUUGACGAAAUCUGUGCCGGAUGUCGAAGGGCUCCUGGUGCUACCCAUGGCUGCAUGCAGGUGGGGUCUACAUUUUUACACAACGAAGAAGAAAUAACAGUCGAUCACAAGUGCAACAUGUUAGAUGCUGAGGAAAAAUUGCUCCCUACUCCAUCAGCAGCCGAACCAUCUGACUAAGCACCUUAGUUCAACCUAGAUCUAUAUACUUAUGUUAUACAUAUAUAGUUUCACUCACACUGUUCUUUGCACAAUAGUGAUUUUAGUCACUGGCCAUUUGCUUCACAUGCAUGCAGAUGUCACUCAAUUGCUUGGUGCAUGGCCACCGAUGUGUAUACUCCUCAAUCAUGCAUACUCUAACUGCGCCACUUUUUUCUUUGGCUUGUGUUACUCAUGCACCCUGUUCUAUAUACAUAAUUAUAUGCACAAUAGCAAUUUUAGUCACUAUAUACCCAUUAA